UUCAUUUCAGCGUUUCGAUCGAGUCAUCGUUUUAAUGUGAAUCAAGCAGUCUCCGCGCGACACUUACCUUUUGUGGUUAAUUUGGAAAUUAGUUAAUUCCUUACAGACUAGUUUAUAGGUUAAAAAGAGUCAGUUUGAUAUAACGAUUCGUUUGUUAUAUUUAUAAAUCAAUCGUUUAAUGAUGGAGGAUUAUUGGACGAUGCCAGCAGUGCAGAGCGAUCCUCUCUACUCUUUUAGCCUCCAAGAUAGAUUCUUUCAGGAGUAAGGUUGAACUGCUGAAGUUGCCGUUGACUUUGUCAUCUAAAUCCAUCUCAGAACGCAAAACUCAGCUGGGAGGAACCACAGAACGCUCCAGGGGUGGAGCUGGGGUCCACAAACCCCGCCCACCAGCCCCAGACAUGGACAACGAGUCACAAUAUUCUGGCUAUUCCUACAAGUCUUCCCAUUCACGCAGUUCUCGCAAGCACAGGGACAGAAGAGAUCGGCAUCGCUCUAAGAGCAGAGAUAGCAGUAGCAGAGGAGACAAAUCAGUCACUAUCCAUGCACCUGGAGAACCACUGUUAGAUGCAGAAUCUACCCGUGGGGAUGACAGGGAUGAUAACUGGGGUGAGACCACCACUGUUGUUACUGGUACAUCUGAGCAUAGCGUCUCUAAUGAGGACCUCACUCGGGCAUCUAAAGAGCUUGAGGACUCUUCACCAUUGGAAUGUCGACGUUUUGCCGGGCCCAUCCUAAGCGGCAUUUUGGGGCUAUUUGCCCUUUUGACGCCUCUCGCCUUCCUUCUGCUGCCCCAGGUGCUGUGGCGUGACUCCUUGGAGCCUUGCGGGACCCCGUGCGAAGGCCUUUAUGUCUCUCUUGCCUUCAAACUCCUCGUCCUCCUCAUCUCUUCCUGGGCUCUUUUCUUUCGGCCCUCACGUUCCACACUCCCUCGGUUCUUUGUUUUUCGCUGUCUCCUGAUGGCAUUGGUGUUCCUCUUCGUGGCAUCCUACUGGCUGUUCUAUGGUGUGAGGGUACUGGAGCCGAGAGAAAGGGAUUACAGGGGCAUUGUGGGUUAUGCAGUCUCGUUGGUGGAUGCGCUGUUGUUUAUUCAGUAUUUGGCUCUGGUGCUGUUGGAAGUAAGGCACCUCAAACCAGCGUUCUGCCUCAAAGUGGUGCGCACCACCGACGGAGCCAGUCGCUUCUACAAUGUGGGCCACCUUAGCAUCCAGCGAGCAGCAGUGUGGGUUCUGGAUCACUACUACACUGAUUUUCCAGUUUACAAUCCUGCUUUACUCAAUCUACCCAAGUCGAUCCUCUCUAAAAAGAUGUCUGGAUUUAAGGUGUACUCUCUGGGAGAAGAGAACAGCACCAAUAACUCGACUGGUCAGUCUCGUGCUAUGAUCGCUGCUGCCGCCCGCAGAAGAGAUAACUCUCAUAAUGAAUACUACUAUGAGGAGGCAGAGAUGGAACGCAGAGUUCGAAAACGCAAGGCCAGACUGGUGGUGGCUGUAGAGGAGGCAUUCACACACAUCAAAAGGCUUCAAGACGACGAGGUUGCAUCAUCGCCUAAGCACCCACGUGAGGUGAUGGACCCUCGGGAGGCAGCCCAGGCUAUCUUUGCCCCCAUGGCACGAGCCAUGCAAAAAUACCUGCGAACCACACGACAGCAACCCUACCACAGCAUGGAGAGCAUCAUUGCUCACCUGCAGUUCUGCAUUACCCACAACAUGACGCCAAAGGCUUUUCUUGAGCGAUACCUCACCCCUGGCCCUACUAUGCAGUAUCAGCGGGAGAAUGGUAGAGGGCGCCAGUGGACUCUGGUUAGCGAGGAGCCCGUGACAUCUGCAUUGCGUCAGGGAUUGGUCUUCUCUCUUCGUCGUCUUGAUUUUGCUCUGGUUGUCACAGUGACACCCUUGCCUUUCCUUAACCUGGGAGAGGAGUUUAUUGAUCCCAAGAGCCACAAGUUUGUGAUGCGGCUUCAGUCAGAAACCUCAGUUUGAAAAGAAAAGCAAGAGGACUAACACUAACAGGGGAUCGAGACAGAUCGAUAUUAAUGGCAAAAAGAUAGCUGGACUGAGGGAGAGAACCACUUUUUUUCUUUAAGAAUCACCUUUACAUCUUUGAAAUGACACUUUGUAUUUGUUUUUACUGAACUGCCUUUAAUCUAGAAACUGUCUGGACCAACUAACACUCAUGAUUUCUGCUGUGAGUUAUGUUUAUAGCUAUCAAGUACAAUACUACAUAUCGGUCACUACUGGUGCUGAGAGGUUACUGCAUAAUACAAGAUUUGAAAGGUUAAACACUUUUAUAUUUUGAACCUCCUUUUAUUGUCACUCAAAUGUGAUACAAACACACUAAAUGUAUUGGUAAAGGUUGUAGCUAUCUUUGAAAAACACUCAAGUGCUUUACUGUUUAUUACUGUGUCAAACUGGGUGUCCAGGUCACCAGCAUGUCUGUAACUACUCAGCCUUGAGCUUCAUAUCAGUUUUGGAAUGUAUUUUUAAGACUUUGUUUGUAUCUUGUUUGCAGUACUUGUCUUUAUUCUGUUUCAAGGGGCCUUUAUUCAUUUCCAUUUUUGUUGAAAAGAGGUUUUGUAUACCAGCAAAGACGUUGUCUUUAUAGGAUUUUUAAAAAUGUGUUUGAUUAAUAGUGUAAGUCUGUCACACAUAAUCAAUCAAAUGUAACCUUACAUAAAAUGCAAGAACACCUGUUUUAUGUCA